AUGGGCAGCGUGGAGGACGCAGUCAAAGAGAAACUGCUGUGGAACGUGAAAAAGGAGGUGAAGCAAAUCAUGGAGGAGGCUGUCACCAGGAAGUUUGUGCAUGAAGAUAGCAGCCACAUCCUUACUCUGUGUGGUGCGGUGGAGGCUUGCCUCCUGCAUCAGCUGAGGCGCCGUGCCGCCGGCUUCCUGCGCAGUGACAAGAUGGCAGCCCUGUUCACCAAGGUGGGGAAGACGUGCCCAGUGGCUGGGGAGGUUUGCCACAAGGUGCAGGAGCUGCAGCAGCAAGUAGAGGGCAGGAAACCCUUGGCGGGCAACCAGGAGACCCAGCAGAGACAGGGCUCUGCCAGUGGGAAGGCCCCAGCCCUCAGCCUGCAGGCCUUGAAACACAUAUGGGUACGCACGGCGCUCAUCGAGAAAGUGCUGGACAGGGUCAUGCAGUACCUGGUGGAGAACUGCAGCAAGUACUACGAGAAGGAGGCGUUACUGGCAGACCCUGUGUUUGGCCCCAUCUUGGCCUCUCUUCUAGUGGGACCCUGUGCCUUGGAGUACACCAAGCUCAAGACAGCCGAUCACUACUGGACCGACCCCUCGGCUGAUGAGCUGGUCCAGAGGCACCGUAUCCGGGGUCCCCCAAAUCGCCAGGACUCCCCUGCAAAGCGCCCAGCCCUAGGAAUCCGGAAGCGGCACUCAAGUGGCAGCGCAUCGGAGGACAGGCUAGCUGCCUGCGCCCGUGAGUACGUGGAGUCCCUGCACCAGAACUCGAGGACACGGCUGCUCUACGGCAAAAACAACGUGCUGGUACAGCCGAAGGAGGACAUGGAGGCUGUCCCUGGCUACCUCUCCCUGCACCAGUCUGCAGAGAGCCUGACUCUGAAGUGGACCCCCAACCAGCUCAUGAACGGGACUCUGGGGGAUUCCGAGCUGGAGAAGAGCGUUUACUGGGACUACGCCCUUGUUGUGCCCUUCAGUCAGAUUGUCUGCAUCCACUGCCACCAGCAAAAGAACGGCGGCACGCUUGUGCUGGUGAGCCAGGAUGGCAUCCAGAGGCCACCACUGCACUUCCCGCAGGGGGGCCACCUGCUGUCCUUCCUGUCCUGCCUGGAGAACGGGCUUCUGCCUCGAGGACAGCUGGAGCCCCCACUCUGGACCCAGCAGGGGAAGGGGAAGGUGUUCCCCAGGCUACGGAAGCGCAGCAGCAUGCGGUCCGUGGACGUGGAGGACGUGGGCUCGGGGCGGGCCACCGACUACGUGUUCCGGAUCAUUUACCCUGGCCACAGGCAUGAGCACAAUGCUGGCGACAUGAUCGAGAUGCAGGGCUUUGGACCCAGCCUGCCAGCCUGGCACCUGGAGCCCCUGUGCAGCCAGGGCACCUCCUGCCUCUCCUACUCCACCAGCAGCUCCCCAUACGUACCCCCCAGCCCCUGCAGCUGUGUCCCCGACCGGUUGCCCCUCAGGCUGCUGUGUGAGAGCAUGAAGCGGCAGAUCGUGUCCCGGGCCUUCUAUGGCUGGCUGGCAUACUGCCGCCACCUGUCCACGGUGCGGACCCACCUGUCAGCGCUGGUACAUCACAGCAUCAUCCCACCCGCCCGGCCACCGGGGGCCUCGGGGGGCCUCACCAAGGACGUGUGGAGCAAGUAUCAAAAGGACGAAAAGAACUACAAGGAGCUGGAGCUGCUGCGGCAGGUUUACUAUGGCGGCGUGGAGCACGAGAUCCGCAAGGACGUCUGGCCAUUUCUGCUUGGCCACUACAAGUUUGGCAUGAACAAGAAGGAGAUGGAGCAGGUGGAUACAGUGGUGGCAGCGAGGUACCAGCGGGUGUUGGCGGAGUGGAAGGCCUGCGAGGUGGUGGUGAGGCAGCGGGAGCGGGAGGCUCACCCAGCUACGCUCACCAAGUUCUCCUCAGGCAGCAGCAUCGACAGCCACGUGCAGCGCCUCAUCCACCGAGACUCCACCAUCAGCAAUGACGUGUUUGUCUCUGUGGAUGACCUGGAGCCUGCAAGGCCCCUGGGCCCCGAAGAUCCCAGACCAGAGCCUGAGCAGGGGGUGGGGGCCGGGCCCACUGGCACCACCAUGGUGGAGCAACAGUCGGUGGAGUUCGACUCUCCAGACUCAGGACUGCCUUCCUCCCGCAAUUACUCCGUGGCUUCGGGCAUCCAGUCAAGCAUAGAUGAGGGCCAGAGCAUGGGCUUUGAGGAGGAGGACGGCGGUGCGGAGGAAGGCUCUGACGGGCUGGUCCCUGCAGCCCAGGUCUCCAAGCCUCAGGACCCCAGCCAGGAGAAGGCCUCGCGGGCCGGCGAGCUGGAGGCCGGGGAGGAGCUCGCCGCCGUGUGUGCUGCUGCCUACACUAUAGAAUUACUGGACACCGUGGCCUUAAAUUUGCACCGCAUAGACAAGGAUGUGCAGCGAUGUGACCGCAACUACUGGUACUUCACACCCCCCAACCUGGAGCGGCUCAGAGACAUCAUGUGCAGCUACGUGUGGGAGCACUUGGACACGGGCUACGUGCAGGGCAUGUGCGACCUGCUGGCGCCUCUCCUGGUCGUCCUCGACAAUGACCAGCUGGCCUACAGCUGUUUCAGCCACCUCAUGAAGAGGAUGAGCCAGAACUUCCCCAACGGGGGUGCCAUGGACGCCCACUUUGCCAACAUGCGCUCCCUCAUCCAGAUCCUGGACUCAGAGCUGUUUGAACUGAUGCAUCAGAAUGGAGACUAUACCCACUUCUACUUCUGUUACCGCUGGUUCCUGCUGGAUUUUAAGAGAGAGCUGCCGUACGAGGAUGUGUUUGCUGUGUGGGAGGUGAUCUGGGCAGCCCGGCACAUCUCCUCGGAGCACUUUGUCCUGUUCAUCGCCCUGGCCCUGGUGGAGGCCUACCGAGAGAUCAUCCGUGACAACAACAUGGACUUCACUGACAUCAUCAAGUUCUUCAACGAGCGGGCUGAGCAUCACGACGCCCAGGAGAUCCUGCGGAUCGCCCGGGACCUCGUCCACAAGGUGCAGAUGCUCAUAGAGAACAAGUGAGGGCUGUGGCCGGGGGGGUCAGCAGCCCGCCAGAGCCUGGGCUCCAGGCCCCUUUGGUCCCACAGAGGGAGGUGCAGGGGCGGCACAGCCAAGACUGACCCAGCCCCCAGCUGAUCCACCUGCCCAACUGUAUUCCUAACAAAGCGCUUGUGAGCCUGGGAUCGGACUCCGGGCAGUGCUGGCCCUUCAGGGCGAGUCAGGGGCCAAGAUGCCCUCAGGUCAGGACCGGGAAGGGAGGGGUCAGCCUCAGGCAAUGGCUGCCAUGGGGGACACUUACCCUGCUCCCCUCUCAAACACCUGGGGAUAGUCCCACUGCCACUGGCAGCCCCAGCCUGGACAGCUCCCCAUGGCCUCUCCUGGGGCCCUGGAGAGUUAGGAGGGCUGUAGUUGCCUGGACCCUACCUGGGUGGGUCAAGAGGACUCUGUACUGUAUCUCUUCUGAGCGUCCCUCUGCAGGCCCCGUGCAUGUGCACACACCAGCCCCAGUUAGAGCAGCCAGAAGGGCUGCCAGUUUGGGUGUGUGCCCUGGGUGCAGGAGACCUGGGCUGCAUUCCAGGCCCUCCCCUGAGACUGCGGGACAGCCCAACAACAUGGGCCCUGGGUGGGAGCAGCCCACCUCAGCAGCACUGCCACUGCCUUUGGCCACCUGAGGUGACCCCAUGCACCGCACCCCCGGCCUGUACAGUGCACCCAUGUGUAUCUGUACAGUCCCACUCUUACCACCCUGCUCUUGCUUUAUGCAUUAGAUGCAUCCCCGAAAACUGUGUAUCAGUGAUGCUUUUGCCAGCAGAAUGACCUGGCCUGUGGCAGAAGCACUUGCUCUCCAGGCUGAUUCUUUAGGGAGGCAGUCCUGUCAUGGCCUCCUCUCAGGGACGGGCUCCAGAGCUUGGGGCAGCCCACUGCCUAUCCCAGGCAUCUACUGAGUCCCUGAGGUGGAGGGGAGGGUGCUUGGAUCUCCCCAGCUUGUCCUUGGUGAGAAGCAAGGCUAGCUCUUCCUUCCACAUGCUUCUCAGGACGCCAAGGACGCUAGGGACCCACAAACCCCCUUAGAGGAGCCUCACUCAUGGAGGUGGCUAGGAAGGGCCCAGCUCCUGACCCCAGACCUAGUCACACUGCUUGCUCUGUCAUCCCCACUUCCCGUCUCAUCAAUACAUGCAGGAUAGGCCUUGUUCUGGGGCCAGGAGGCCAUUCUGCCCUGGGGUUGGGCCUGCCCAGCUAUCACUAAGGUCUGGAGACUUCCUGCAUUUGAG